CUCCUGUUCGGAAUGCUGGGGGUGUUGUUCCUUGUCCACAUUCAGGAUCUAAUGGAGGUGGCCCCUCAAGAGACCACAGACACCGGGGCUCAGGUGAAUCCAGGAGAGAUACAGGGCGUGUGUGACUGGAGCCACAACACACAUACCCCCGCCGUUCAGCCCAUCGUGACUGCUGGCCCGACGCGGAGCCCCGCCCACAGAACCACGGACACGCCCCCUCGGCGACAGGCUCCGCCCCCGGACCUGCCCCACCGGCAGUGGGAGGCGGAGCCGCCCCCUCGCGGUCGGCGGCGCAGGCGCAGGAGGAAUGCACUGGACGGCACCAGGCUGGCGGAGCUGCAGCGGCGCCGCCACCAGCAGGGGACGUCCGAGCGGGAAGACCCGAAGUCGGCGCCGCGCCGCCCGAGGGCGCCAGUGCAGGAGGACCAGCAGCCGGCGCCGCGCCGCCCGGGGGCGCUAGAACAGGAGGAUCAGCAGCCGGCGCCGCGCCGCCCGGGGGCGUCAGAUCAGGAGGAUCAGCACUCGGCGCCGCGCCGCCCGGGGGCGCUAGAGCAGGAGGAUCAGCAGCCGGCGCCGCGCCGCCCGGGGGCGUCAGAUCAGGAGGAUCGGCAGCCGGCGCCGCGCCGCCCGGGGGCGCUAGAGCAGGAGGACCGGCAGCCGGCGCCGCGCCGCCCGGGGGCGCUACAUCAGGAGGACCGGCAGCCGGCGCCGCGCCGCCUGGGGCCGCAGGAGGGCCGCCGCCUGCGGGCGGUGCAGCAAGGCCGCCGGCAGCUGGUGGAGGAGGCCUGCCUGAGGUACCGGGGCGGCGGUGCCCUGGGCCCCGGCCCGCGGCUGCCGGCGCCGCACCACGUCGCCAGGAUCUACGUGGAGGACCGGCACCGCCUGCUGUACUGCGAGGUGCCGAAGGCGGGCUGCUCCAACUGGAAGCGGGUGCUGAUGGUGCUGGGCGGCCUGGCCAGCUCGCCGGCCCACAUCGAGCACCAGGCCGCGCACUACGGCAACUCGCUGCGGCGCCUCGACAGCUUCGACCGGGCGGGCAGGGCGUGGCGGCUGCGGACCUACACCAAGGCGCUGUUCGUGCGGGAGCCACUCGAGCGCCUGGUCUCGGCCUUUCGCGACAAGUUCGAGCAGCCCAACGCCUACUACCACCCGGUGUUCGGCCGCGCCAUCAUCGCCCGCUACCGGCCCAACGCCACCCGCCAGGCGCUGCGCUCCGGCUCGGGCGUCACCUUCCCCGAGUUCGUGCGCUACCUGCUGGACCCGCGCCGGCCGCUCGGCCUCGACAUCCACUGGGAGCGGGUCGGCCGCCUCUGCAGCCCCUGCCUCGUCCGCUACGACUUCAUCGGCCGCUUCGAGAGCCUGGGGGCCGAGGCCGAGGCGCUGCUGCGGCUGAUCGGCGCCCCCGCCAACCUCACCUUCCCCCGCUUCAAGGACCGGCACCGGCGGGAGGAGCGCACCGGGCCGCGCCUCAGCCGCCGCUACCUCGCCCAGCUGUCGGCCGACGAGCGGCGCCGCGCCCAGGACUUCUACCUGGCCGACUACACCAUGUUCAACUACUCGCGGCCCUUCGGGGCGGGGCCCGGCUGAGGGGCGGGGCCCGAGCAGUGUGGGGGCGGGGCCCGGCUGAGGGGCGG